AUGGACAGCCCCGAACCCGAUACGCCCUUUGCGGCCGUCAGCGCCCAAACAACAAGAGCUGGAAUGACAUAUCGCUGGAUUGGAACUGGUGUCGUCUUCCUCAUGUUCGCUCUGCGCAUCUUCUUCGCUCAGGGCUGGUAUAUCGGUAAGAACAUCUCGCCUGCCACAUCCAAGCACGACCCCCUAACACUUUCUACUCACNNAGUCGCAUACUCGCUCGGCAUCUACCUCCUGAACCUCUUCCUCGCCUUCAUCUCGCCCAAGUUCGAUCCCGGUCUCGAGUCUGCCGAGGACAUGGAAGAGGGAAGCAGCGGAGAUCUCCCCACAAAGUCAACCGACGAGUUCAAGCCAUUUGUGCGCCGUCUUCCCGAGUUCAAGUUCUGGCACGCAGCCACCCGCGCCAUUGUCAUUGGAUUCUUGUGUUCAUGGAGCGAGAUUUUCAACCUGCCCGUCUUCUGGCCUGUUCUGGUCGUCUACUGGUUAAUUCUCGUUGUCUUGACCAUGCGCCGCCAGAUCCAGCACAUGUUGAGUAAGACCAUCUACAACGCAUAUACUGCAAGAGAGCCAAUGGCUGACAAACAAAUCAACAGANNGUACAGAUAUGUCCCAUGGGACUUUGGCAAGAAGAACUACGCCGCUAAGAACAGCAACUGA